AUGUCGCUUUCUCUCUCCUUUACCGGCCACCAUGACCCUCAACCUCUGCCGCUCACUCUGCACUCUGCACUCUUCACUCUGCAUUCGCUAUCUUCCGUUCUGGCCCUGCUCGUGUGUGCGGCGAUCGUCCUCGUCCUCGUCCUCGUCCUCGUGGCUCGUUAUUACGGCGAUGCGGAAGCGAAGAAGUAUACUUCCAACACCCGCAACCAACAAAUCCAAGCAGACAUGACAUACCGCGCCCUCGAACUCCUCAACCUCCCGCCCGGCCAACCCGCGUUCUUAUUAGACAUUGGAUGUGGCUCGGGCCUUUCGGGCGAGAUUUUGGAUGAGGAGGGGUAUUUGUGGGCGGGGGUCGAUGUUGCGCCUAGUAUGUUGGAGGUGGCGCUUGAGCGAGAAGUCGAAGGUGAUCUGUUCCUGCAAGAUAUAGGACAAGGAUUCGGGUUCAGACCUGGUAGCUUCGACGGUGCAAUCAGCAUAUCCGUAAUCCAAUGGCUCCUCAACGCCGAAACAUCCCACCCAACCUCCUCACCCCCGCACCGCCUCCAGCGCUUCUUCACAACUCUCCACUCAUCCCUCCGCUCGCCCUCCCGCGCGGUAUUGCAAUUUUACCCGAGCAGUGAUGAGCAGGUGCAGAUGAUUGCGGGGGUGGCGCGGAAGGCGGGGUUUGGGGGCGGGGUGGUGGUUGAUUAUCCGAAUUCGAGGAGGGCGAGGAAGGUGUUUUUGUGUUUGUUUGUUGGGGGUGGUGGGGGUGGGGGGAGUGGGAGUGGGCAGGGAGGGGGGAAAGGGGAGGAGGAGCUGCCGAAGGGCUUGGAGGGAGAGGAGGAGGAGAGUGCGCGGGUGAGGUUUGAGAGGAGACGUGAGAGGGAACGUGCAAAGGCGAAAGGAGGGAAGAGGAAGGCGGUUAAAGAUCGUGAUUGGAUUUUGAAGAAGAAAGAGGAGGAUGAGGAUGAGGAUGAGGAUGAGCGUGGUCGUGGUCGUGGUCGAUGGUAA